UAUCAUUAUUAGGCCCGAACAUGUAUUUAAGCACACACAGAUUAUAAAACCCACCCGCUCACAUUUCGUGUGCGUAUAUAAUAUUAAGAUUUGUGAGCGGGCAUGGAUCUCAUGGAAUAUUUGCUUUACUAUUAUUCAAUAAAAGGAAGGUGGCCGGCCAUAUGCAGCUCUUCAAACAUCAGAGCAUAAUGCUGUCCUGCCAAACCCACACUAUAAUACCAUUCCUUUCCCUUCAAACCAAACAUGCUUACUUGUUUAUUCAUCACUUGCACAUAACAAACAUACCGCACAUGUCCCUAUGGUGAAACUGUUUCUUUACAAACGGCCCCCACAUUCCUGUCUUUUAAAGCAUUCAACAGUAUUCUUUAUGUUGAGAUCACAUGGUCAUAAAAGAUCUUGACCAUCAUCGUACGGUGCACUUCACUGACGCGUAGAACGAGCGGUUGAGAUCAUUGGGAAUUACUUACGUAUUCUCCCUGAGGUCACCAUGUUUGAAAACGACAGCACCAUAAAAAAACAGCCUCAGUGGUUAAUGGAUUUGAUUCUCACCAAAUCAAAUUGAGGAGUAUAGAAAAAGAACACUUAUCGAGCAUCUGAAAAGAACACAAUGCAAAAUGUUUCUUCGGUUUCUCAAAUGUGUUGUGUUAUUUGUGAACCUAUUGGCAAUCUCUUCAGCUUCACAGCCUCAAGCAGCAUCUCAGCUUCUACAAUUUCGCGACAGUCUGCCGGAAGCUUCACGGCUUCUCCUGCAGUGGAACCAAACGAGUUCACAUUCUGAUCACUGCCACUGGCCUGGUGUUUCUUGCUACUCGCCUAAAGAUUUUCGUGUCAGAUCCUUGAACCUUAGCAGCUUUGGCCUCUCCGGGGUUUUAGGGAGGUCCAUUUCCAAUCUGUGCCGACUUCCUGAUUUGGUCAGUCUUGAUCUUAGUGGCAACAAUUUCGCUGGAACUGUUCCUGCUCUGCUUGGGAACUGCAGCCGACUGGCAAGAAUUCUUCUCAACGACAAUGGCUUUUCUGGCCCCAUUCCGCCUGAGCUAUUCAAAUCAAGGAGGCUUCAACAGCUUGACUUGGGCUAUAAUCUACUUUCCGGUGCUAUUCCACCUGAGGUAGGCAAAUGCGAUAGUCUUGAGUAUCUUGGAUUGUACAACAAUCUCCUAAGUGGGGAUAUUCCGAGUGAAUUGUUUUCUCUGUCGAAUUUGAAGUUUCUUUACUUGAGCAGAAAUAAUCUUACUGGAACGCUGCCUAAUUUACCUUCCCCUUGCUUGCUUUCUGAUCUUCAAAUACAUAAAAACUUGUUUCGUGGUUCUUUACCAAUGUCUCUGAGCAGCUGCCAUAACCUCACAAUUCUGUAUGCAUAUGGGAACAAUCUUGAAGGGGAAAUCCCAAAUUCCUUCUGGGGUCUCAGAAAUUUACAAGAGCUGGUUCUUACAGAAAACAGGUUCAAUGGGAGUCUACCUGAAGACCUCAGUCGAUGCACUCAGCUGACUUACCUUGACUUGUCUGGCAACAAAUUGACCGGUCAUAUUCCAAAGUCAGUUGGUAGUCUCAUAAACUUGGAAUACCUGUACCUGUACAAUAACAUGUUUAAUGGUUUCAUACCUCCAGAAACUGGAAACCUUAGUUCUCUAAUUGAAAUCAGACUUCAGCAUAACCAAAUUAGUGGAAUUAUUCCUACUGAAAUUUGUAGCCUUCAGAGUCUAAAGGUUCUUCAUGCGUUCAACAAUCAGAUUGAGGGUCCUAUACCCCACUGUAUAGAGAGAUUGGCAUCUCUCGAGGAGCUUGCACUUUAUAACAACAAACUGACAGGCAGAAUACCAUCUGGAGUUAGUAAUCUCACAAACCUGACAUUUCUUUCUUUGGCUCAUAAUAAUCUUACUGGGGAGGUUCCAUCAGAUUUGGGGAAGAACGGCGUUCCUGGUAUGGUUAAAGUGGAUUUGACUGGAAAUCAUCUGACUGGACAAAUUCCUACUGGCAUAUGUUCUGGCAACAGCCUUUCGGUUCUGACCCUUGGUAACAAUCUAUUCACAGGCAGUUUCCCCACAGAAAUCAUUAAAUGUAAGUCCCUGACCAGAGUGAUCCUGAAGAACAAUCUUCUGCAUGGAAGCAUACCAGAUGACAUGGAAAAUAGAUCCAGCAUUUCUUAUUUUGAUAUACGAGGGAAUGCACUUGAGGGGAAGAUUCCGUCAGUGUUUGGUUUCUGGAGCAAUCUCUCAAUGAUUGAUCUUUCAGAAAAUAAGUUUUCAGGGUUAAUACCUCAGGAAUUCGGGCAGCUUCAAAGUCUUGAAGUAUUGAGGAUUUCUUCAAACAGACUGACAGGAGAAAUUCCUCCUGAGCUGGCUCGUUGUCCAAGAAUAACCGAACUAGACCUCAGCAAGAAUGAACUUUCAGGAGGUAUUCCUGUGGAGGUUGUUUCUUCAUUAACAUUAAAAAUCAUCCGGCUUCAAGAUAAUAAAAUGACUGGUGUUGUUCCCAACUCCUUCUCGAACAGCCAAAGUCUGCAUGAGCUGCAGCUUGGAAACAACAUGCUUGAAGGAACUAUUCCUUGCAGUCUGAGUAAAGUUGAGCAUUUCAGUUCUCUAUUGAACCUGAGCAUGAACCAGCUCUCUGGAGAAAUCCCCAAAUGCCUUGGCAUUCUAGACAAGUUGGAGAUUCUUGAUAUCUCAAGCAACAAUUUCUCUGGUGAAAUACCAUCAGAAACAAACAAUAUGGCAUCACUUUCAUUUGUCAACAUAUCAUUCAAUCACCUCAGGGGCCAGAUCCCAGCUGUCUGGGCAAAAAUAUUGGACUUACAUCCUGGAUCCACUCUAGGAAAUCCAAGACUAUGCUUAAUAACCACGAAAUCCAGUAGCUGUGAAAGUCACAAAAAAUCACGCACAAGAGGUUUAAUCCUUGCUGGUAUAAUAACCAUUUCAACUUUGUUGAUGGCAUGCCUUCUUGCCUUGGUAUACUCAUUAGUAGCCCGCAUCUGGCACCCUCAACCCUCAUCACCUCAUCAAUCCUUGCUGUACCACCGAUCAGUCGCUGAAGAUUUACCAGAAGAUCUAAGUUUUCAGGAUAUUCUGCGUGCAACAGAAGGUUGGAGUGAUAAGUAUGUGAUUGGAAGAGGCAAGCAUGGAACUGUUUACAGAACAGAAUCAGUGAAAUCCAGAAAGCAUUGGGCAGUGAAGAAGGUGGGUAUAUCCGAGACAAAAUUCAGCUCGGAGAUGAGAACUCUAAGUCUGGUCAGACACCGGAAUGUGCUAAGGAUGGGAGGAUACAGUAUCAGAAAUGGAUAUGGCUUCAUAGUUACCGAGUACAUGCCUGAGGGUACUCUUUAUUAUCUACUGCACCAGCGAAGACCUCAGGUAGCUUUGAACUGGGAGACACGCUAUCGUAUCGCUCUCGGUAUUGCUCAAGGUCUGUCAUAUCUUCACCAUGACUGUGUGCCUCAGAUCAUUCACAGAGACAUUAAGUCAGAUAACAUACUGUUGGACUCUGAUCUGGAACCAAAGAUCGCAGAUUUUGGGGCAGCAAAGAUGGAACCUGAUAGUGAUGAAAGCCCAACAGUUUCUGCAAUUGUUGGGACACUAGGCUACAUAGCUCCAGAGAAUGCAUACUCAACAAGGUUGACGGAUAAAAGCGAUGUAUACAGUUAUGGGGUUAUUUUACUGGAGCUUCUUUGCAGAAAAUUACCAGUGGAUCCAAGCUUUGGUGAAGGUCUAGAUAUUAUAUCCUGGGUAAGGAAGGUUGUACAUGGUUACAAUGAUUACUUCUGUUGUUUGGAUGAAGAAAUCCAGUAUUGGGAAAAAGAGGAUCUACAUGAAGCACUGCAGAUGAUGGAUCUUGCUUUACAAUGCACCGAAAUGUAUCCAGAUAACAGGCCCUCAAUGAGAGAAGUAGUGGGAUCUCUUCUUAAGUUCAAUUUACAACGAAAAUUUAGUGUAAGAAGAGAGACCAUUCAAGUUUGUAACACCUAAUGAUCUAGCUAUUUCUCCAAUCAUAUAUUUUCCAAGAGAUACAGCUGCAACGACAACUGCUAUAAGAUAAG